UGAGACGGAGUCUCACUCUGUCACCCAGGCUGGAGUACAGUGACAUAAUCUCAGCUCACUGUAAGUUCACCUCCUGGGUUCAAGCAAUUCUCCUGCCUCAGCUUCCUGAGUAGCUGGACUACAGGUGCGCACCACCAUGCCCGUCUAAAUUUUUCUUGUAUGUUUAGUGGAGAUGAGGUUUCACCUUUUUGGUCAGGCUGGUCUGGAACUCCCAACCUCAAAUGGUCUGCCCACCUCAGCCUCCCAAAAGCUGGAGUGCAAUGGCACGAUCUCAGCUCACUGCAACCUCCACCUCCUGGGUUCAAGCGAUUCUCCUGCCUCAGCCUCCUAAGCAGCUGGCAUUACAGGCAUGUGUCACCACACCCGGCUAAUUUUGUAUUUUUAGUAGAGACGGGGUUUCUCCGUCUUGAUCAGGCUGGUCUCGAACUCCUGACCUCAGGUGAUCCACCUGCUUCAGCCUCCCAAAAUGCUGGGAUUACAGGCAUAAGCCACCGCGCCCAGCCAAUUCUUAAAAAAUUUUCGUAGAGACAGGGUCUUGUCAUG